AGGGCCACACCCCCAGCUGCCAUCACCUGGAGGGUAUAAAUAACCCUGCUUCAGAGCUCAUGGCCUGAGAAUUCACACUGUCACAGUCAGCCUGCUCCUGGAUGAACACAUACAUCCUACCUCCCAUUCCCACAUACACACAGAAGAGGCACACCAGCUAGACCGGUGCCACAAGAAGGUUUGACUGCUGGCCUGUGGAGGAACACCUACCAGGUGGAGCGGAGGCUGGGCUAGAACUGAAGAGGAGGAAGAAACUCUGCUAGAGCUGGUCAGCCUAGAGGCACAGAGCUUUGCUGUGGCUGAUGAAGAGGACCAUGCCCAGCAACUGCUGACUCUCAGCUACCAGCUCAGAAUCAUGUCAUCAAGCCAGCGGGUGUGGCAUACAGCUAUGCCACCCUCCCGCCAGAGCAGCUGCACAGCCACAGUGCCCAGGUCUCCUGGCACAGUUGGCAGCCCCAGAUCCCCCGGUACUCCUGGCUCAGAGAAGGUGGCCUCCCCACUGGAGUGUUCCAUCUGUUUCUCAGGCUAUGACAACAUCUUCAAGACGCCCAAGGAGCUCUCCUGCACUCAUGUCUUCUGCCUUGAGUGUUUGGCUAGGCUGGCGGCUGCCCAGCCUGCAGGCCGUCCUGGCAGAGAAGCUGUGCCCUGCCCAUUCUGCCGGCAGCCUACAACUGUACCUGCUGCUGGGGCUCCUGCACUGCGCACCAGUCGACAGCUACAGGCCAAGAUGCCAGUGCACCUACAGAAGGAGGAGCCUGUGUGGCUUGAGGGCACCAAACUAUGUUGCCGCCCCUUGCCCACCACUUCUGGCCAAGAGGCCAAUGACUUUGUGUGUGUGGAUGUAGGCCUGAGCAAACCACCUGAGCCCACCCUACCUGCACCUGUCCAGGAUCCUGAACCCAACCAAGGUUAUCUGGCCCGCUGUUGGGCGCGAUUUGGAGACUGGCGUCGUGUAGCACUGGUGUCUGUGCUGUUGCUGAUGCUAUUUUGUGUGGUACUCUGGCCUGUGCAGUGUGCACUCAAGACUGGAAAUCUGCGCUGCAUUAACCGGCCACCUUCAGCCACUGCCACUGUCACCCCCAUUACCAAUGCCCUCUUUCUUGGACCUCUAGGCAACAACUAGGGUCAACACUUGGGCCAGGCCAGCUAUCCCACUUGCUCCAUGGAUGGAUCCUGACCUACAUAGGUCAAGAACACGGCUUUGGAAGUUGGUCCCCCAGAACCAAGGACACAUAUGUGUCCCUCACUCUCUAGGGCUAGGUGCCAAUGGGGACAAAAGGGUCUUCAAAGCCUCUAAGAAAUGCAGGCUUCUAAGAGCCCCAGAAACUGCCCUCU